CUAAUGUUGUAAUAUUAUUUUAUUAAUAGUAUUUAAAUAAAGAUAACUGGAUCAGCAUGCUUGGACUUUGAAAAAUACAUAGCUGAAGUGGGAACUAUAUCUUUAUUGUUUGCGGCAGUCAGGACGGACAUUUUUGGUGCACUACAGCUACAUUCAAGACCCACAAACGUUGAUUAUACUUGUAAAGGAUAUUGUCCUGUGCUAAUUCGGUUCUCUGUACAUUUUACCUUAAUAUAUGCUGAACGUAAAGCAAGGGCCUCCCGCGUGAAUCUCGACAACCUUGUAUUUGUAUACGAGUCCAUAUGGCUAGUUUAUGAUUCAUGGUAGUGUUUAAAAGCCAUAAAGUUGUGGUCUGGCCGAAUUAAAACACGGUCCGAAAUCGGAGAACAUUUAUCCCCCGGUUUGGUACAAUCCCAGCAGGGAAUCAUCCAAGUCAGUACUGUAAUGUUCCUGCCAAAGAUCACACGCCUCCCCUCAGUGAGGCUGCUGAGCUGCGCCCAUCACCACCAGCUGCUGCUCCCCUCCAGCAUUCCUCUCACUGUGUCCAGAAGAGCUCUGAUCCAGGGUGAAUACAGACGACCUGGCCAGCCCAAAGAAGACAAGCCCCCAUGGAAGAUUAACUUUGACUUCUCUAAAGGUUUGGAGGGGAUAAAGAAGCAUUUCACACUGCUGAAACAGGAGUUUUCUGACCGCUGGGUUGGUCCAGAGGGAAAACCACUCCUUGAGCACAUGCUGGAGCAGAACAGAGUGAUUUGGGAGUUCAGAGGUCCAGAGAGCCUGGAACAGUGGACAUUGUCCUCAGAUCAAGAGAUUGGAGGCCAAAGUGAAGUUUACUUAAAGCUGAGCAAAAACAAUAACACCUGCUUUUUGUAUGGGACUCUGAACUCUACUCCUCCGAGGGAUGGAGAAACACGCUACAGUGGUUACUGCACCAUGCGCUCAAAACAACCACUGGCUUCAUUUGAUAGGAAAAAGCACCACGAUUGGUCCAGUUUCAACACCCUGCAUUUGCGUGUGCGUGGUGAUGGCCGUCCAUGGAUGAUCAACAUUGCAACAGAAACCUACUUCUCUCACCAAAAAGAUGACCUAUACAAUUACUUCCUGUACACCAGAGGAGGACCAUAUUGGCAAGAUGUCAAGAUCCCUUUCUCCAAGUUCUUCGUCUCUCACCGAGGAAGGAUACAAGAUAACCAGUACGUUCUGUGGCUGGACAAGAUCAACACCAUUGGCUUCACCUUGGGAGACAAAGUAGACGGUCCAUUCCAGCUGGAGAUUGAUUUUAUUGGUGUCUGCAAAGAUUAUGCACACACUGAGGAGUUUGCGUAUGAACUGUAUAAGAGGAAUCCAGAAGUCUGAGUGCUUUCGCAAUAGUUGUUUAACCUGAUUGGUAAAACUUGCUAACAAAAAUUUCCAAGUGAAACCUGUAAUUU